AUGAAAUUUACUCAAAUCAAAAUAAAGCCUAAGCAAUCUGGUCGUAGAUACAAGAAAAUCGUAUAUUUUUUGGAGUUGCUUUGGUUUCCCAAAGAUUCUACUAAAGCUGAAGACGAUCCUGCUCUAUUAUCUGAACCUCUUAAAAUUGCUUUUGCUGAUGCAAACCCUUUGACCAUUCAGCCCAGUGACAAUGCAUUUGCUCGUUGGCUCAGGUACGAUCCAGAAAACCCUGAUUCGAAUACGGAUGUUGAAAAUAUUGACAUCUCCUCAGAUCAUAAAGAACAAAACGCUGUCAAUGAAAUGAAUGGAUUCAGAUGA